CGGUUCUUCUAUCCAUCACAUUCCAUCAAAACGGCAUCAAAGUUGAAGGUGAAAUUAAUUGGAUCUCGUAAAGAUCCUUUGAAAUUUCACCAUGGUACCGAAAGAAUCCGCGCGUGAGAGCGCCGACACGCCUGAGCCCGUGGAGAAGGGUUUUGCGACUCUCUCGACAUUGCAAGUUGGAGUGAAGGCGUUUGUUGAGAAAGAAGGCGAAAAACGCAAAGCCGAGAUUCUUGCCAUCCAAAGCAAGAAGGGGAAGCUAGCCUUCUACGUGCAUUACGAGGAGUUCAACAAGCGUCUCGAUGAAUGGGUCCCGGAAGGUCGCAUCGACCUCUCAAAAGAGGUGGAAUGGCCUGCCCCAGAGAAGCCCGAAAAGAAGAAAGCCGCCCAGACCUCCAAAGCGAGCAACAAAUCCAAAGCCGAUGCCGCGCUUGCCCAAGCGUUACGAGACAAGAAGAACCCCAAGCGCGCACAGCAGCGCCAAGCAAGACUUGAUCGCGAACUGUCUGGCACGCCGGACUCGCAGAGCAUCAAUCUGCCGGGUAAGGUGUCUCGAGCAAGCAAAGCCGGAGGCAAAGAAAAUCGGGAGAUCAAGCAAGACAAGGACUCCGUGACCGUCAUCUCGGAAGUGAUCGACGGCACGCCGAAAGCCGAAGAUGAAGAUAUGGUGGAUCUGAUGGAGAUGGCCGACGCCGCAGCGGCCGCGAAGGCGCAGGCGCCCCACGAGCCGUUCAGCCGGGAGGAGGAGAUCGAGAAACUGCGCACCGGCGGCUCCAUGACGCAGAACCAGACUGAGAUCUCCCGCGUGCGGAAUCUGAGCCACAUCCAGAUGGGGAAGCACGAGAUCGAGCCGUGGUACUUCAGUCCGUAUCCGCAGGAGUUCUCAGAGGUGGACAUGGUGUACAUUUGCGAGUCGUGCUUGUCGUACUUUGGCGGGCUGAAGCAAUUCACGAGACACCGGGCGAAAUGCUCGCUGCUUCACCCGCCCGGCAACGAGAUUUACCGGGACGAAUAUGUCUCGUUCUUCGAGAUCGACGGCCGACGGCAGCGGACAUGGUGCCGAAACCUGUGUCUUCUAUCGAAACUAUUCCUCGACCACAAGACGCUGUACUACGAUGUCGAUCCGUUCCUCUUCUACUGCAUGGCCAUCCGAGAUGAGCAUGGCUGCCACCUCGUCGGGUACUUCAGCAAAGAGAAAGAGAGCGUCGAGGGGUACAACGUCGCCUGUAUCCUGACGCUGCCCCAGUAUCAGCGCAAGGGAUUCGGCAAACUCCUCAUCGAUUUCAGCUACGAACUAUCGAAGCGGGAGGGCAAGCUCGGGAGCCCCGAGAAGCCUCUCAGUGACCUGGGGUUGCUGGGCUACCGCGCCUACUGGCAAGAGACCAUCGUCGAUCUCCUGAUGGACGGACGGACGGACGCCAACAUCGAAGAGCUGGGCGCGACGACAGCGAUGACCACCAACGACGUCUUACAUACGCUGCAGAAUCUGAACAUGAUCAAGACGUCGAAGAACCAGCACGUCAUCGUCCUCACCGAUGCGGUGGUCGCGCAGUGGAAGAAGCAGAAGGAGAAGGAGAAGAUCAAGGGGAAAAGGACGAUUGAUUCGGAUAAAUUACAGUGGCGACCACCGGUCUUCACGGCGUCCUCUCGAACCUGGAACUGGUAAUGCUAGUCCUUUUUCCACGUUAUGUGGUUUGAGCAAGGACGUCAUGGUAGGAGGGGGAUUUCGGAAUGCGGCGUUAGGAUUUGUAUGUUUGGUCGAUACCCAGAGCGUACCUUGUAUGGUUACAGCGCAUUUGUUAGCAAUAUGAAAUCAGGAAGAUCCCACCCUCGAACAAGUCCAUCGAGUGACGCGAAGUUAAGCAAUUCGACCAUCGCCUGUC